AUGGCGCCCCGCAGAUCGCGAGCCAACUCCCCCGAGUUCCCCAUUCUGGAGGCCAAUGCCUUGCUGACGGCCCAAGGCAACUGCCUGUUCAAUGCCCUUUCCGAUCAGCUCUACGGCACCCAAGACAUGCACGAGGUGCUUCGGACCUAUACCAUCGAGCACAUGAAGCAACAUUCAGGCUUCUACCGCCAGUACAUGGCUGUGAACAACGUUCGCCGAAAUCCUAAACGCAAGACGACGGCUGCACUGUCUGCUACCAUUGAACCUUCCGCUUAUACCGAAGAGGAGCUGCAGAGGCAGUUCGAACUUCAUGUUGAGAAGAUGGGACAACCUGGCGAGUGGGCUGACAACAUGGAAGUGUCGGCUUUUGCAUCGGCCUUUCAUGUUCAUGUUCGCCUCUGGCAGGCUGACUUCACCCUCCUCAUCUCUCCAAGCUUCGACUAUCAAUACGAGGAGCCUGGAGCUGUAGAUGACAGACAGACGCUCCACAUUGCUUAUCACAGCUGGGAACACUACUCAUCAGUCCGCAACAACGUUGGACCCCACACCGGCGUGCCGGACGUCACAGUGGUUCCGCUACAGACAUCCUUGCGGAAACGACCGAGCCCUAGUGUCUCAGGUGACGAUGAGGACGAGAUCCCGCGAGCCCGGAAGCGUCGAUCGCCCCUUCCGCUGUUCGACUCGGACUCAACACCUGAGUGUACAGAGAGCUCAUCUGACGAAUCCAACGGACCGGUGCUAUCGCAGACACAUCUUGAGCUUCCUGAAUCAGUUCAAGGAGCGAAGCCUCAGAAGCUUACCAUCAAGCUACGUUGUCUUCGGACCACUGAUUCUGUCGAACCUAAUGAUUCUGUUGAGCCUCUCACAGCCAUUCCACCGCCCACGGUUACUCCACCUUCACCACUGCCGCCCUCACCAGCACCGCCACCUGUUGUCACUGCGGCCGACUCAGAUCUCCCGCCUCCCAUACUUCCUCAACCACCACCGCAACGGCCACUUGAGACGAUGAUCUAG